AUGCUUGGGCUUUAUCCUUUGAAUGACAACAUGGUGCUGAGGGUUGGGCUUCUGAAUUCCAGCAUGUCAGAGCAAACACGGAUGAUGUCUGUGGACCGAAUGGCAGGUGCAAACAUUCCAUCUUUGGCUGCUAUGGAGCAUACCCAAAUGCUAGCACACACUUUAGCUCAGAACACCAAUCCAAAGUUUCAGGUCAGACUUGCAAGUGGGGACUGGGAAAAUGAAUAUCAACAACAAUAUAAUGCAGGCCCUUCCUCUACCUCUUGGGAAGAUCAGUAUGCACGUGAAGAGGCAAGUAAAACUUGUCUCCUCUUAAUCUUAUCAACAGGGCAGCCUUCCAGGGUAGGUCGAACACCAGAGUUUUUGGUGUAUGGACAGGGACAACAAAGAAAGGCAGUCAUUGAAGUUGUUCGUCUCUCAGAGAGUGGAAAUAAAAUACAGAUUUCAGAUUCUGAUGACAAAUUUGUGGCUCAAGCUAAAGCUUCAGGGAAAAGUUAUGAAGACUGUAAAAAAUCAGGAAAUGCAAUUGGAGCUGCAAUUCUUACAAAAUAUGAGGAAAUAUUACAAUCAUGUAAUGCUUUGGAUUAUCAUGAUUUAAUUAUCUACUCUAUGAAGCUGCUUAUUGAUUUUCCUGAAGGUUAG